UCGGCAUAUAUAACAACAUAUAUCUAAAAAGCUCACUAACUACAUAGACGAAGAACCCAUAACCAUAUUCAUCACUAAUGGAGUUUUCUAGGGCAAUCAAUACUCUCCAAUCUUCCUUCCUAUUCUUAUUGCCUCUAUUCAACCUCCUCUUUCAUGGCACUCUCGGAGCAGCCUACGACGGCGGCUGGCAGCCUGCUCACGCCACCUUCUACGGCGGCAGUGAUGCCACCGGCACCAUGGGAGGAGCUUGUGGUUAUGGAAACUUGUACAGUCAAGGGUAUGGGACUAGCACGGCGGCGCUGAGCACCGUUCUUUUUAACAGCGGACUGAGCUGCGGCGCGUGUUAUCAGUUGCGGUGCAAUGACGACCCUAAAUGGUGUCGGUCGGGUGUGAUCACGGUAACCGCCACCAACUUCUGCCCUCCGAACUCGGCGUUGCCUAACGACAACGGUGGCUGGUGCAACCCUCCUCGUGAGCACUUUGAUCUGGCUGAGCCUGCUUUCUUGCAGAUUGCUGAGUAUCGUGCUGGCAUUGUCCCAGUACUCUUCAGAAGGGUUCCAUGUGAGAAGAAAGGAGGAAUAAGGUUCACCAUCAAUGGCCACUCCUACUUUAACUUGGUUCUCAUAACAAACGUGGGUGGCGCCGGGGAGGUACAGACGGUGGCGAUAAAAGUGUCGAGGACAGGGUGGAUCCCCAUGUCAAGGAACUGGGGCCAGAACUGGCAGAGCAACUCCUACCUCAACGGGCAAAAACUCUCCUUCAAAGUCACCGGCAGUGAUGGCCGUACUAUCACAUGCAACGACGUCGCUCCAGCUGAUUGGCAAUUUGGCCAGACUUUUGAGGGUGAUCAAUUUUAGAUUAAAAUAAAGUUGUACGUACACAAUAUAUAUUUAUAUAUAAAUAUUAAUUCCGCCAUGUUUGAUGAUAUUCUUGAGUGAGGAAUUUGUGUAAAAGUUUAAACAAUAUUGUAGAGAGAAAAUGAGAGAGAGGGAGUUAGAUGUGCUUGGUUGAUGUCUUUGGUUUGAUAUUAAAAGGGGUUUUAAAUUUUGAAAACCUACUUUUAUUGAUUAGAGACAAAAGGAUAUUUAAGUUUAGAAAGAAAAAUGGUCCCAACUCCUUGGUAUGUGAAAAAAAAGUGGGGCUAAGGAGUAAGUAUUUCAACCAGUCCAGAUUUAUGGCAGUCGGGCUAGGUUGUUCUCUAUAUAUAUAUUUUCUAGAUUUUUGGAGUAAUGAUGAGUUAGAGUUGUGUAACUUAUAAUUACAAUUAAUGUAUGUAAAAACGAGCAUUACUUAAGUAAAGUAAGCUCUUUGGUUGUUUA